AUGCAGGCUCAACAUGAAUCGGGCCCGGUGGAGGACUCUGCUGAGAAGGUGAAAUACGCCGACUCUCUCGCUACCGAUACGCAUGGGACGAAUCCCAAUCAGAGUACCACCCCCCAAAUCGUAGUUCUAGAAAAUAUAGAGCACCGCUAUGUUGAGGUCAUGCAGGAGCUCUCCGCGGAGCCGCGGUUCGAGCGGCUAAAGUUAGAGUACGAGCGUAUCUACCGUCUGCUUAGCAAGAGCCACGAGGGCGAACGUCACUUGAUGGAAAAGAUAAAAGAGCUGCGCGAUGAACUCAAGGAUCACGAGAGCCGCAUCGGGACCGCCCUGGAGCUAUCCCGAGAGGAUGCGCAGAGCAUCGCGGCGUUGCGGAAGGAAAUCGAAAAAGCCUGGGCGAUGGCGGACAUGGCGCACACUCGAGAGGUCGAGAGCCGAGAACUGAUUCAAGUUCUCAUGAAGCAAGUAGCGGAUUUGGACGAGCAGGUGGAGCAUAGUGCGGGGCUUUCCAUCGGCCACGAGGUCGCCCUACGGAACCUUUUGCAAGCAAAGAAGGCCCGUGAGGAGGAGCAUGCCACCUUGGUCUCGGAUGGCACCCUCCUCAAGGCGGACCACACGGCCUACCUCAGUCGCAUGCAGGACCUCAGUAGUAAAGAGGCCGCGACGCGGAAGGCCCUUGAGGCGAAAACUGCCACCUAUCAGGCGUUAUUAGCCGCGAUAGAGGCCGAGCAACGCGAGCGCAGCGCGAAGGAGCAAAGCGCGAAGAACUACCGCAACAUGACGGAGCAGCACGUACUGGAGGUGGAGAAGGUGAAGCGUGCGGUGGAGCAGCUCCUUGCCGAGGAGCGACGCCUGAGCAAGGAUGUCGAGGCGGCGAAGGAGGGCACUACGGUGAUCUUUCGGCAGCUCGAGGAGCGUCAGCAACAGAUCAAGACGGAGGCCGAUCAGCUAGCCGCGACCGAGCAGUACAAUGGAACUCUGAAGGCGGAGCUGCUUCGGAAGACGGCGAUCAUGAAGGAGAAGCAGCGGGAGCUGACAAAGGCCACCAAGCGGCUUAGCAACACCGAAGCCACGGCGCGCGAUCAACAAGAGCAGAUGAACAAGCUCGUGCAGGAGCGAGAUGCGCUUAUUUUGCGAUCUAACGAGAACAACGAGACCCUCGACGGGCUCAUGAAGGAGCUGAUUCAUGAGGAGGCGAGGAUUCAGGGGGUGGAGGGGGUCAUGCGAGGUGUCAUGCUUCGUAAGACAAAGGCGUUAGCGGCGAAGUCCGUGAAGGAAAACAGCCGAGCGGAGGUCCAAGGGGUGCAGGUCCUUGAGGAGGGCAAGGUCCGGCGACUUGAGCAGGAUCUAUUUGCCUACCUACAAAGCAAUGAGCAGCUUCGUAAAAAGGUGUUCGACCUCGAAAAGAAGAAGGAUAAGCACUUUUCCGCAGUGCAGGCUGCCACAGUGGAGUACCACCGGACCCUGGAUGCUAUCCGCGCCAAACGCACGGAGUUGAAAAGCCUCAAAGAGCACUAUGCGAUGCUCGAGAAAAAGCAUAAGGCGCAGCAAGAGUUGGUGAACCGUGUGAAGGCAGACCGCAAUCGUGCGGAGAAGCAACUACGUGAGAUGGAGACCGAGCGGGCGGAGCUGAUGGCCCAUCAACAGGCAAAGCAGGAAACCAUUGACGCUAUCAAAAAGGAGCUUAUCCGGACGGAGACGGAUUUCCUCCAGCUCCACGCCGUGAACAAGCAGCUCCGAUACGACAUGACCAACACCGAGGAGCGCUUCAAACACGUGCACGAAGACUGCAUGGAGGCCAAGUCGCGCGUUGCCGCGUUGGAAGGGGAGGCCAUGGAGCUGGAACAGGUCAUCGCCAAAUGUGAUGCGGAGAAACAGAAGCAACUUUACAAACUCAAGAAGGUCACGAACGACUGCAAUAUUCUUGCGACGCAGCUCAUCUGCAAGAAUGAAGAGGUAAGCUUGAUCUACGACAAGGUUCGUCUACAGGCCAGCGAUUUAGUGAGCAAAGCCGCAGACUAUGACAGACGCGUUGACGAAAUCAUCGAUACGCGGGAUCGUCUCGCCGAGCUGCGGCUGCGCUGCCGGCGCAGUCUCGUUCGGCUGCACUACAUGGAAAAGAUCAAAAAGAAGACUAUCAAGUACCAGCGUGAACUCAAUCAACAACGUGCGCACGUGCGUGCCCUCACCGAUGAGGUGCAGAACUUCGUCAAUAUACAUCGCUGGCGGCGGUUGGAGGGUAGCGCGCCGAUGCUCCUCGACGCGCUUGCCCAGGUACAGCUCCUUCAACGUAGCUAUAUCGAAAAAUCUAGAAUGUGUGUGGAGCUAACCGAAGAGAUUAGGAAAAAAGUGGACGAGUACACGAAGCUGCGCAGCCGUCUGGCGCGCAUGCCCGGUCCCGAGGCGAUGGAGGAUCUCGCGCUAUUUCAGGAGAACAUCGAAAAACGUGAUGAACAGCUUCACGUCAUGUUCAGCGAGCUUCGAGACCUGGAGCAGCACGCGGAGGUUCUCGAGGAUGAGGUGCGCACCCUGAACGAUGAGCUCGCCGAGGCCAAGAGGAAGUACUACGAUGAAAAGACCAAGCAAGACUUCUACUGGCGAGAGGCGCUUCAGUGGCGGCAAACCUGGGGGAGCUCCACGGCCGUCGCGCAGCUCGCCCGCGAGACGAUCGCGGCGGCGACGAACCCUUCCCCUGCGGAGCGGAAUCGCGGGGAGCCCCAUUCGGCAGGGGGGGAAAGUAGCCACCCUACAAUGUGGAAUGCCGGAUUAACCUCAAGCGGACCCCUGGCGCCAUCGCGGCGUUCCCCGGCAUCCGCGCAGCAGCGAAUCCUCUCCCAUGGGGGGAAAUCUUCCCCAGGGAUGGGAGGGCGACUCGUCGGUGGGUUCACGCGACGUGAGCGCGCGUACGCGCGGGAGGAGGAUCUCCUUCACGUCCUUUCCACCGGCGUUCCCGGGCCGAAUUUUAGGCUUCAGAAGCCGAAGAAUCAACGACAGUUUGCCGGAGGGGGGUUUGCGCUGACGCGGUGA